AUGGGAUGUAGGCAAAGCUCUGAGGAGAAAGAGGCAGCGCGGCGGUCCCGUAGGAUUGACCGCCACCUGCGCUCUGAAAGUCAGCGGCAGCGAAGAGAGAUUAAGCUCCUUCUCCUAGGUACCAGCAAUUCUGGGAAGAGUACUAUUGUAAAGCAGAUGAAAAUCAUUCAUAGUGGUGGCUUUAACCUGGAGGCUUGCAAGGAAUACAAACCUCUGAUCAUCUAUAAUGCAAUUGACUCCCUCACACGUAUCAUUCGGGCUCUAGCCACCCUUAAGAUAGAAUUUCACAAUCCUGACAGAGCAUAUGAUGCUGUGCAGCUUUUUGCCCUGACGGGCCCAGCAGAAAGCAAAGGUGAGAUUACCCCUGAGCUUCUGGGAGUCAUGAAACGGCUCUGGGCAGACCCUGGCGUGCAGGAGUGUUUCUGUCGCUCCAAUGAGUACCACCUAGAGGAUAAUGCUGCAUACUACUUAAAUGACCUAGAAAGGAUUGCAGCACUGGACUACAUCCCUACAGUGGAAGAUAUUCUGCGUUCUCGGGACAUGACCACAGGGAUUGUAGAAAAUAAGUUUACCUUCAAAGAGCUGACUUUCAAAAUGGUGGAUGUGGGUGGGCAGAGAUCUGAACGCAAAAAAUGGAUCCACUGUUUCGAGGGAGUUACAGCAAUAAUUUUCUGCGUGGAGCUGAGUGGAUAUGACUUGAAGCUAUACGAAGAUAACCAAACAAGUCGAAUGGCAGAAAGUUUGCGUCUCUUUGAUUCCAUUUGCAACAACAAUUGGUUUAUCAACACUUCCCUCAUCCUCUUUUUGAAUAAGAAAGAUCUGCUGGCAGAAAAAAUACGGCGCAUCCCCUUAACAGUCUGCUUUCCUGAAUACAAAGGCCAAAACACUUAUGAGGAGGCAGCAGUCUACAUCCAACGCCAAUUUGAGGACUUGAAUCGCAACAAGGAGACCAAGGAGAUCUACUCACACUUCACCUGCGCCACUGAUACCAGUAACAUCCAAUUUGUGUUUGAUGCAGUGACAGAUGUCAUUAUUCAGAACAAUCUCAAAUACAUUGGCCUCUGCUAG